AUGGGUGGUGGGCUGCCGUCGCCCACCGCCGUCGCCGUUGCCAUCGCUUGCCGUCUCCACCUGCGUCUUGGUUAUGGCCCACCAGCCCAUCUCUACCGCCUUCUAUUCCAGCCGUCGUCUCCAGCUGUUUUGUUAAUGGCGCAAGUGGUUUCAUUUAUGAAAGAAAUUGGUUUUGAUGGCAGAACCAUAGGGAGAAUAUUAUGUCGCUGUCCAGAGAUAUUUUCUGCUAAUGUCGACAAUACUCUCAGGAGGAAAAUACAAUUCCUCACAGAUUUUGGCAUCUUGAGAGGUCAGCUUCCUCAUGUUAUUCGAAAGUAUCCCGAGCUUCUUCUGUUAGACAUCCAUCAAACUUUACGUCCAAGUUUUAGUUUCAAAUGUGGAAUUAGUCAUAUUACUUUACUCCAUGCACGACUCUUUCCUGCUUAUUCUGCAUAUGAGGCCAAGUUUUUUGUGGAAAGAUCGGAUCAUAUACCUUCUUGUGCCCAAAUGCAGAACAUGGUGCUCCCAAUACAGGAUUUUUGGUAUAUAAUGCAAAGACUGAAGGGAGUUUUUGUAACAUUUCAAGGACCAAUAAAAAAUUCUCAAUUUAUCAUAAAACACAUGACGUCAAGCGGCAUUAAGUCAAAUUUUGAUACACGAAACUUUUUGCAGGCGAAAAGAAUCGAUCGGGAGGGAAAUUUGUGGGGAUUAGGUUCUGGUUUUACUUAUCCAGCAGUUUCUUCAAGUACAUAUGAAGAUCAUCGAGCAUCCUUCUCCUUGAACUUAUUUCCUAAUGGAUUUUCUGUUGGAAAGCCCACUGAGGGUAUGAUUUUGCCUUUACUUGAAGAGACACCAGAAUCAUGGCAUCCUUAUGACCGGGCAUCUAUGAGCUUGUUUUCUUCAAUUGAAUAUGGCUGGCUUCCUGGAGACAGUUUUGAUGAUAUACCCUGCAAAUACUUCAAUGGAACUGUUCUUUGUGAGGUGUGGGAUUUUCGGGCCUGUAUGUCUAAACUUGGAAAUAAUGACUAUUUAGAAGACGAGUUUCCAAAAGUUCAGAAAGUUUACCUAAAGAUGGGCAUGGAAAAUGUUGUGAAGGACUUGCCAUCAAUCUUGGAUGAUUCCUGGAGUUAUAAUGAUCUAUUGGAAGUCGAGUCUCGGAUAACCAGAGCCCUCCAACCUGUAUUAUUUUUGAAUCCAGAUCCAUCCCUUGACAGAUCCUGCAAAACAUCAUUCAGAAAGCAGGUUGAUUUAGGUCUAUGUAACGGCAGAUUAACAACAAAACAGAAUGAUGUAUCAGAAAUCAACCUCUGGCCAACUGGUAUAUCCCAUGUAAGGGACUUCUCAAUGAAUAGUUGUUUUGAAAGUUUACCGAGGCUUGCUGUCAAUAGGUCAUUCAGUUCUGAUCAAUCUGCAAUCUCAAUAAGCAUGCCAAAUUUGGAGCGGAAUGAUGUUAUGGCACAAGUCUCUGGACAUGCUUUACCAGUAACAUCCAGAAUGAACUGUAAUUCAGUACUCCAUUUCUCUUCUGAUGCUCCCAAGAAGGAUUCUCUCCAUUCGGUGUUAGCACCUGAUAAAACUAUCAGAGAUUCGGGAAAUGGACUGAAAGAUUUUGCUUCUCUUCCUGAAAAGAGGGAUAGGUGCCAGUUGCAGUUCAUGCAAGAACCGUAUUCCAAAAGGCCCAAGCAAGAUUCAUCAGUUCCAUAUUUUUUUCGGAACCCUUUGGAUCAAAGGAUCUGCUUGUUAAAGAGAGAAUUGCAUGUGAAUAUUACUUCAUCAGUAAAGCAGACAGGGACUAGAAUCAUGUUGCAGUCUGGAGUUGGUGAUGUUAUUGGCUAUUCUCAAUCUGAAAUGGAUGGCAAAACAGCAGACGGAGUUACUAAGCUAGAAUCACAAAGGACUUUAGCGUACCAAGGAGGAAGAAAAUGUAUUGUUAAAGAGACGGUAAAAAUCUUACCCAAAGCAGAAGCAGAGAUUGAUAAGGAAAACCAUGAUCUGGAUUUUGGAACUGAUAAAUCAAAACAAGAACAACAAGUCUCGUUUAUAAGUUCCCUACUUCCGCAGAUGCAUAGGAGUAGUGGCCCUUCAAUUGAGAAGUGCACUGAGAAGGAAACUAACAAGGGCUGUGCUUCACGGAAAAGGAAGUCAAGUCAUACAUCCCUUGUUUCAUCUGCGGGUAGAGUUCAUUCUUCUAUGUCAAAGGCAGCUAAAAACUGUGUGAUCCAUGCUGUAACGAGGGAGAACCAGAUGUCACGGAACACAAAGAAGGCACCAAAAACUCGUGGUAAAGUUGCAUCUAUGAGCAAGGACGACACUGGAUCCCCAGUAACUGUUAGUAGCUGCGGCACUCAGUUACGUCCAAACAACUUCUCACUAUCAGGAUGUAGCGAUCCUUUCAUUCUUGAAAGGUUCUCAAAAAUUAUUAGGGCAGCUACAAGGCAUGGGCUGCGCAACAGAAAGAAUACAAUCAACGAGCAUAUAAAAAGUAAAUCAACAUUCCAUCUCGCUCAGGCAGCAUUGCUUUUACUCCCUGAAGAUUCUGAAGAAUGUAAACCGCUGAUGGAUAAAAUGUGUAUAUCAAAAUUUCUGAUUGGUGGAAACAGGAAUAUCUGCAAGAUUCGUACCAUUACAUUUGUGCGUUUCCUUGAGGGAAAUAGUCAUCGGCUUGCUGUUUCUGAUUGUUGGAAACUAUUCUUGUUUGAAUCUGAGAAGCCUGAAGAACAUUGGGUUGGUGCAGAAGUGGUCUUUGGAGAAGAAGACAACAUCCCUAUCGCAUUACUGCCUUCUCCUAACCAUGCAGAUCUAUUUGCUUCUCAGUUCAUUUCGUUGAUGGAACGUGAAGGAUAUAAAUUAAAGAAUGAUCAAAUUCAACCCACUUGCACCAGCUGUACGGAUGCCUCUAGCAGUAAUUCAGUGCAUAUCGAUUCUCCUGAUGAUGCGAAUGUUUCUUGCACUGCAUUUAACCCUGUCCAGCCGCCCCUGAAACAAGUCUCUUAUGGUACCAAAAUCUCCAUACCAAAUCCUCCUCAUCUAUUGCCGCCUUCAAAUGUACCCAUCCAAAGAAGAGAGCCUUCUGCUUGUUCUAAUUUGACCAGCUCAAAAGAGUUGAACAUUGUUUCCCAUCUAAGUUCUAUGAACGAACAUUACUCACAUAAUCAGAGUUCCAUGGUGGCUGUCCAAGACAACUUGUCCUGUAAUUCCCUCAUGCAGCUAGGUGGUCAAAUAACAAGCACUUCUAGAAUUGUGCACCCCUUUCAGUUUCAGGAAUAUCAGCAGCAACAGAGUAUUUUGCUGAAUAAGAUAUGUAGUCUUGGAGCCUCUGGUAAUGGCAUUGGAAUAGGAGAACAUAUCUCUGGUAUAACUGCGCCUCAGAUAGGUGAUAAUCUUCCGCAAACAACUGCAUUUGGUCACUCUGGUGUGAGAAAUAUCUAUGGAGAAAAUUCCCAGGUUCAAGCAACCUUAAGGGCAAAGCCAAUACAGACAGACAUGGGAUUAAUGGAGGGUAUACCUGUUAGUACCUUAGCUGAUGGUACUGUUAAGACAAAAAGAACUGGGUCUUUGCUGGACCAGCUUCAAGAGAACAGCUUUUUUUAUCAGUGCCUUGGCGCAAACAACUUUUGGACAGGUCCUUCUAAUGUACCAUUCAAGCACAUGAACUACGUGAGCCCAAAGCAGAUGCUUACAAAAGAAGAGAAAAAUACGUGACACCCUUUACGUUGGAAGCAAUCGGACCAAUUCAGCUCGCCUCUGCAAUAUGGUUCUCCUCAAAUGACUCAGUUGAGACCAGAGAGUCCAAGAGAACCGAGUUCAGGAUCAGCUCCACAUCAGGAGAUUACUGGUAUUGUUAGCAAAUCUAGCCCGCAACUUAGCUCUUGAACUGGAUCCCUAUGGUGAGAGCAUCACUAGUGCAUCCAAGUAGUUACCUUGAUAUUGGUAAUGGAGGCGAUACUCUUUCAGGGGACAAGAGAUGGGAAUCUUUUUGAUGCUUGUGCUGUCGAUAGUUGAAGCUACGACUAUUUUGUGAAGGAAUUUUGGUGAUCAUAGCUUGUUAUGAGAGUGGAACGAGAGGAGAGUUAUUUUUGUACUGUUGCUCCGUUAUCUAGAUGUAGAUUUUAUGAUGAAAGCAUAAAGUGAGAUGCAUAGGCAAUAUUGAGAUUCCUUUUU